CUGAUUUCCAGUGGUUUACUAAUUUCUUUAUUUUUGAUGAUAAAAAAGCAAUUAUCAUGUUUUAUUGCUGUAGACUAAAUGUUGCUGUACCAGUCCGGUCAUUCUCGUUGUAUCUCCAAGCCAAUAAAACAGCAGGUUUACGGAUAUAUUCACGAUUGUAUUCCUCCUCAGGACUCACUUGCUCAGGCGAGCAUGGGAAUGCUGUCGGCCGCUUGUGGAGCCUCACUCAGAGAGCUGUGCGACAGUCAACCACGCGAACCACUUCUAAACGCUCUGGAGGAACUCUGAAAAUCCUUCUCGCACCGGCAGUGCUUACGGUAUCCGGGCGACUAUUUUGCCACGCGGCUUACUGUGAGGCAGAUGUAAACAACAACAUCCCGUUAGAGACUUCGCGCAAACAACCAGAGUUUAAAUGGCACAUAUUAUGGGAGUUCGUGAAGCCACAGCUGUUAGCGCUCACUUGUGCUGUACUGCUCGCUUUUGGUGCAGCGAUUUUAAACAUUCAAAUCCCACUGAUGCUGGGAGAUCUGGUGAAUGUUGUGGCACGCUACCUGAGGGAGCAAACCGGAAAUUAUGUCCGUGAGAUACAAGGCCCUGCUUUCAAAUUGAUGGGACUGUACGGCAUCCAAGGCUUGUUGACAAGUGGCUACAUUGUCCUGCUAUCGAGGGUGGGGGAAAGAGUGGCGGCGGACAUGAGGAAAACCCUUUUUGCAUCAUUACUGAGGCAAGACGUGGCUUUCUUUGACGCUACCAAAACUGGACAGCUGGUGAACCGUUUGACUGCCGAUGUUCAGGAGUUCAAGUCAUCCUUUAAAUUGGUCAUCUCUCAGGGUUUGCGGAGCAUCACACAGACAGUGGGCUGCUUUGUCUCGCUUUACGUUAUCUCCCCAAAACUCACAGGCUUGACGGUGGUGGUCCUUCCCUGUUUAGUGGGAGCAGGGGCUAUAAUCGGCUCUUUCCUUCGCAGACUUUCCCGUUUGGCCCAAGAACAGGUCGGCAAGGCAACAGCAGUGGCGGAUGAGGCUCUGGGAAAUGUACGGACAGUGAAAGCCUUCGCCAUGGAAGAACGGGAGCUACAGUUAUAUGCUUACGAAGUUGACAAGUCUUGUGAAAUGAAUGAAAAUCUCGGGAAUGGAAUAGCAGUAUUCCAGGGACUUUCAAACAUCGCCCUGAACUGCAUUGUUCUUGGAACUAUUUUCGCAGGAGGUACUUUGAUUUCCAGCAAUGAAAUGUCGCCUGGGGAACUCAUGUCUUUCUUGGUGGCAUCCCAGACAGUCCAGAGGUCUUUAGCCAGCAUCUCUAUCCUCUUUGGACAAAUGGUGAGAGGAGUAAGCGCAGGGGCUCGUGUUUUUGAAUAUUUGGCAUUGAAGCCCUCAAUUCCUCUUUCCGGGGGGGGACGCAUCCCGUAUCAUUCCCUGACAGGAAGAGUGGAUUUUCGCAACGUUUCAUUCAGCUAUCCAACAAGACUUGGCCAUCAGGUCUUGGAGAAGUUCAGCCUAACUUUGCCGCCAUGCAAAACUAUUGCGAUUGUUGGUGAAUCUGGAGGAGGAAAGUCUACAGUAGCGUCCUUAUUGGAGCGUUUCUAUGACCCAACCAGCGGCGUAGUCAUGUUGGACGGACUCGACAUUCGAACUCUUGACCUUUGCUGGCUAAGGGGACAAGUUAUUGGAUUUAUCAAUCAAGAGCCGGUGUUGUUCGGAGCUUCCAUCAUAGAAAACAUCCGCUUUGGGAAGCCCGAGGCCACCGACGCGGAGGUCAUCGAGGCCGCCAAACAAGCCAACGCCCAUGGAUUUAUUACAAGUUUUCCAGAAGGCUACAACACCGUCUUGGGCGAGCGAGGCGUGACGUUGUCAGGGGGCCAGAAGCAGCGUGUCGCCAUCGCCAGGGCCCUCAUCAAGAACCCGAGCAUCCUGGUGCUAGAUGAAGCCACCAGCGCUUUGGACGCGGAGUCGGAGCGCGUGGUGCAGGAAGCUCUGGACCGGGCCACCAGGGGGCGCACUGUGCUCAUCAUCGCCCACCGCCUGAGCACCAUCCAGGGGGCGGACCUCAUUUGUGUGAUGAGCAAUGGACGCAUUGUAGAAGCUGGAACUCACUUGCAACUCUUGGGCAAAGGCGGAUUUUAUUCCGACCUGAUCCGAAGACAAAGAGCUGCCGAGGACCAGAAAUGAACCAUUUACUGUAGUGCAGGGGUGUCAAACGUACGGCCAGAGGACCGGAUCAGGCCCGCAAACAGGUUUUAUCCAGCCCGUGGGAUGAGAUUGCUAAGUAUUAAAAUUAACCUGAAAUUUUUGAAUGAAAACAGCUGUUCUAAAUGUGUCCACUGGAUGUCGCAAUAGCAAUUAUUUGUAUCUUUGUAGAUGAUGCUACAUAUGUACAAAAUAAACCACAUCAGUCGAGGAAAAUGAGCAAACUACAUAAAAAAACAUCCUGUAAAUUGAUUUUGAUAUAUUUGUUUUAUCUUGAUGGAUUGAAAAAGAACACCAAUGAGUUGACUGAUGAACAUUAUCACAUAAUUUAGUCAGAAAAUAUAAAUAAUGACAAAUAAAGAUAGAAUACUGUUAACCGCAACAUGUAAGUGUAAAAAAAAACCAACAACAUUAUGAUUUGUACAAUUUCAGAAUGUGCUCGUUCUAUUUUUAAACAAAGAAAACAAUCUGAAGUUGUCUUUAUUUUACCAGUCCGGCCCACUUGGGAGUAGAUUUUUCUCCAUGUGGCCCCCGAUCUAAAAUGAGUUUGACACCCCUGCUGUGGCGUUUAUUUUUACACCAAUACAGAACAUUUGUUUUUAAUUUAAGUGGACCAACUGGACAUGCCAGUCAACAAAAAAGACAUUACUGUGACAUCAUUGCGUUAGUUAACCUUUAUCCAAAGCUAAAUUAUAAUAGAAUAAAAAAUUA